GCCUGCGCCGACACGCGCGACGCCGAAGAAUCUCGAAACGACAUGAAAUCAUCAACGACAACCCUGGCUGUGGGGCUUGCUCUCGCCCUCCUGACGCUGCAGGAGGUAGAACCCAAGGAGCGAGAGGAAACGACAGAGAGAAACGCCCCGCAGGUCUACACUUACAGGCCUCCAAACCAAGGCUCCGUCUACCCUCACAAUAUCUACCCGAACAGCAUCUACCCCAAUGGCGUCUACCCGAAUAACAUCAGUCCUUAUAACCCAUCCAAUCCAGCGAAUAACCCCGCAUAUAACCCUUCCGUGACGACUAACAGUUAUCCAGGAAGCGUGGGAGGGAUUUAUCCUUACAACGGCGUGGGGGUUGCGGGCCAGGAGGCUUUUACUGUGAGGAGAGCUUCGCCUUACACAACGCAGGGAUCGAAGGUUAUCUUCACCGAGCCCGUCACGCAGGUGGGAUCCGGGUGGAACAUCGCAUCGAGUGAGUUCGUGGCUCCCUUUGCUGGACUCUAUUUCUUCAGCUUCUCUGCGGUUUCCGACAGAUACAAUCACUUCAGAAUCACGAUGAAGCACAACGGGCGUGACGUAGUGAGCGCGUUCGGGGAUUCAAGCGGAUACCAGAUGGGCAGCCAGAGCGCCGUCCUCAGCCUCAACGCAGGAGAUCGCGUUUUUCUAAGGCUGGAGGAGGGCCGACUGCAUGACGUCACGUCCACUCGAGCCUACACCACCUUUACAGGAUUUAGGAUCUUUUAAUGUAUUUUUCUGUAGUGGUUUCCAGUCGAUUAACUUGAUUUAGUGUUAAUGUAUUUAGAAUAUAUAUAUAAAUAUUUUUUUUUUUUUUGUAUGGCGGCUGGUGUAUCAUUUGGUUCUGUUGUUUAGGUAUUAACAAGGGUCUGCAGCAUUCUAUAGUUAGACAAAUCGUAUUAUAUAAAGGGUAUGCAAAAUAUACUUGAUUGGUUGUAGAAGAUUUAGAAUAUUGUGAAUUAAGGGUGAUAUUUAAAAAUAUGAUAAUAAAAAAAAUGAUG